CGAAACCGUCGAGUAAUGCGCUAAAACCGGGGGUAACGCUAUUUUAUGCGCGUUCUGUAUUAUACGCCGAACACGCUCGACGAACGUUGCUGGCGGGAACUGCUGCUGUGAAAUGAGAAAUGCGUCGUAUCGUAGAAAAAUAACAAGCGAGAGCCGAUGUUCGACGUGUAUCUAACAUCGAGAUAAGUUCUAUGUACACGUGUACACCGAGUCAGUGUUAAAUUAUUCAGUACGUCAGCCGGAUUCAGCGUAAAAACACCGACGUUCACACGAUCCUUCUAAUUUUAUAACUUUCACACAAUAAACAAUCAUGUCAGGUACAAAGGAGUUGACAGAACUGCAGGUGUUCAAGACGGUCUUGUAUCACAGUGUGGUAAUAAUUGCAUUACCUGUGAUAUCGUUUUUCACAAGCAAGGUUUUCUUCUUUGAUGGUGUAUUGGGACUGAACCAUGUGCCAAGUAACGUGUACUCUGCUGGUGUUGCAGUUGUAGUGUUACACAUUGCCUUAGGGGCUUUUAUAUACAGAGCAUACUUUGACGAUCAGUCCAGGACACCAACUAAGAGAGAUUAAUUCUUUAUUAUUAAGUACACCUUGGUGAUCAUUUACGACAUAAUCACAGUCAAUAAAUUUAGUUUCGACAUUAUUCAACUGAAACCUCAAAAGAUAUGCUGCGCAUAAACAGCAUUUAUCGAUAUAAUUUACCUUACUUUUGCUUUAGCCAAAAGGUCAGGUAACAGCUAGAGUUUUUUUCACAAAAGUAACGGAUAUAAUAUGAUCUAUGUUAUACAAUUCAUGUGAAAAAUAAUUAUCAUAAGGUAUAACUUACAUUCCAAAAUUCAUUCGAACUAUAUUGUGCAAUGCCUGCGAUUUAUACUUUAGGUAUGCCGUUCGAUCUUCAUGCGAUUGUGAAAAUGUUGCUAUAAAUUUCCGUACCAAAGCAAAAAUACAGUAAAGUAGUGCAUUGCGCCUAUUGAAUAUAUUAUUUUUUCCAAUAAAGUGUAGAUUAUUAUAAUUCAUUUAUCCUUGUGUAGGAUAAGUUAUAAGUAACCAUGUGGCAACGUAAGUUUUUAACCAACAAUUUAAACUCUCUUAUAAAUUGAUAAGGUUGGUAUGGUUCAUAAGGAUAAAUAAUAAAAUAGAUGUCCAUAUUUCAUUCUUCUUAUUCUUCUUAUUUUGGGAAUCAUUGUUUGGGUUUAUAGAUUUACAAAAAAACAAAUUUCAAAGAUUUACCCUACAUAUCAAGCAUAGCGGCUUGAACAUUUCAAAACUUGCUUUUUUUGUAAAUUUAAAUUUAAACAAGACAAAGUGCAGAGUAAUAAGAAGCUAAUGACGGAAUACUGAAGUAAAAAAAAUGGUUUUUAAAUUCAUUUUGUCAUAACCGUUUAUCUCGGUCAUUAAAAGCCACUAAUCGGCCAUUUAUUUUCCAUAUAUUGACGAUGAAUAUCGUAUAAAUAUCUAUCAGAGAAAUGCCUUAAAAAAUAUAAUAGUCUGCACGCUAUAAAUUUAUCUUUUAGGACACGCAGAAUUCGAAAUGCAUUAGAAUAAUUCGUGUAUUUGCGUAGAAUUUAAGAUACAAAAAGACAUCGUAUGUCGGGAACUUGUAUCAAUCAAUGAAACAAAGUGUCUAAUCGUUCCUUACAUUUUGUCUAUCUAACAAAUUCUUUACACUUUGCUAACGUAGGUACAUUAUACGUAUGUAAUAAGUAGAUUGCGACACUUAGCUGUUAAAAGCAAAGUUAGGCACAAGAGUGAAAUAUGGACUUCCUGUUCUUGUGUAUUCUAGGAACAACUAAAUUUGCGAUAUAAGACUCUAUAUAAGUGUGUUGUGUGACGAGUAGUAUAGUAAUAUAAAUAUGAUUGGGAUAAAGAAAUAUACUGUCAUUAUGUAGAUGUCUACAAGUUAUUUACAAUGGUAUAUCUAGAUAAAAUUUUAAUUUCCUCACUUAGAAAGUGACUUCUUUUUUCACUUAGAAAGAAAAAAAAAAA